CCAGUCAUUUUCUCAGCUGUGAUGAUGGUGGGUUGUGUUUCUCUGAACUGUAUGAACUAACGCACUUUUUUUUUUAACCACAAAUGAGCAUAAAGCAAAAGUAAUUUCAGCAUUUCCUGCCCAAGGAUAGACAUUCAAACCUCCUUCAUUUCAGCUGCACAGUAAAGGAAGACAGUCACAGAGGCACAAUGUCUCUGGAUCGCAACUUCAGCAGGAACUUAUCUCACAGCAACAAUGAUACUUGUGAGAUCCAGGAUGGAGUCCUGUCACUCUUCUUGCCCAUCAGCUACAGCAUCAUUUGCUGUUUCGGGCUCCUCAGCAACACCAUCAGCGUCUUUGUUUUCUUCAUACGACCCCAUGCUGAUAGCUCCACGGCGGUGUAUAUGCGUCAUCUGACGCUGGCCGACUCGCUCUUGGUCCUGUGUUUGCCAGUGAGGAUCUACUUCCAUUACAAAGAAGGACCUUUCUUCCUGUGUAAAGUGGUGGGUGUUUUCUUCUACAUCAACAUGUAUGCCAGCAUCUCCUUCCUCAGCCUGAUCAGCCUGGACCGCUACCUGAAGAUUGUCAAGCCAGUCUGGGUCUUCCGUAUCCAGAAGGUGCUGUGGAGCCGCAUAGCCAGCUACAUCAUCUGGGCUCUUCUUUUCUUUGGAACAGGUCUGUUCUUUGUUAGUAACAAGCAGAGCAACCCAUGCGACAGAAUCUGCUUCCAUUUCCAUGAUAAGGGGUUGUUAGCUGGUAGCAUGAACCUAAUCGUGGUGGCCUUUUUUGGUUGCUUGUUCCUGAUCUUCGUCAUUUUCUACAUGAAGAUUGCACUGAAGCUCAGAACUGUGGAGAUGGGAAAAGGCGACCCGGGCGCACAAAACCGCAAGAAGCGACUUGUGCUGAAAACUUUCUUGGUGCCUGUUAUCUUCACGCUGUGCUUCCUGCCGUAUCAUUUGGUCAGAGUGCCGUAUGUUCUGGCCCAGAUGAAUGUGAUCAAAGAUCUGCAGAGCAAGCAGCUGUUGCACACCUGGAAUGAAAUCACCCUGCUUCUAUCUGCGCUCAACAGCUGCCUGGACCCUAUAAUUUAUUACUUUUUGUCCAGCAUAUACAGGAAAACAAUCCUAUGUGCCAUCCAGGGCAAGUUUAAAACCAUGUAUGACCUAAACAGAAGACGAAUUAGCAUUAAUCGAUCAAUUACGGAAAUUUAGCUCAAAGGACUUAUUUGAGUUGGACAUACUGUUGAGGAGAUAUUUAUGACAUUUUUGCAGAGACUGUACAGUAUAUACCGGAUUGUAAAGAUGAUGUUGUGUUUUUGUAGCAGAUAGAUCCUAUUACUCAUCGACUAAUGCAAGCUUUCUCUAUGAUUCAGAUAUCUGACCUUUUUAAAUGCCUUAGAUUUUCUUCUAAGCUUGUGAGGGUAUCUGUAUGAUGUUUUUGAAAAGCCUCGUGUGUGUGUGUGUGUGUGUGUGUGUGUGUGUUAAACUGCACAAAAUGUUGUGGUUGCUAGCUUAUAUUGUGUUAAAUGUUAAAAUGUUCAUAAUGAUGCUACAUCAUUUAUGUUGAAAGCAUCUUCUGAACAACAGGUGAUCAGGGAAUUUCCCACUGAACACAACCUGCUUGAUCUUCGUGCUGAAUUUUUUUUUUAGAUUGUGUUUUUUCCUGUGGAUGAACAGUACUGUAGGUGAAGGGAUGUUCCUAUUUCUACUGUGUUGACCUGUUUAUGUAAAUUUCUGUAGAAACAUGUAUAUGAAAUAUUUAUAGUAGAUAUUUUAUAUUAAAUAAACAUUGUUUUUUAUA